GUUUUCCCGAACCGCCAACCUGGGGACUGCGGAUUUGCCUUGCGCAUGCACGCCCCAUUCCGGCAGGCCCCCAAUCGAAUAUAGUUUUGCCUGCAUACCAGCCGUCUGACUUCUGCAGCCUGGUUCUGACCCGAUCACGUCCAGGCCGAGACACGAGCAGCGACGAGGCUGUGCUGCUCACUGAACCAGAACCCUUGGAGCCCGUUGAUCUUGACGUCUCCUCCGACCGGGAAGAAAUCGGUCGCCCCGCGCAGCUGCAGCUGUCGGCACUCCACGUUGAUAAAAUCCACCCUAGAUUCUCCCGCGAAAUCGGGUCAUCACCGCUGGCUGGCUGAACCAUGCUGCCCUCAUCAGCCCGGCGCGUAGCCUCGGCCGCGCCGCCCUCGGUGUUCGCGGGCGCUGUUGCCGUCGGCUUGUGCCUGCGCCCGACGGCCUCCGCCACCAGCACGACCUCGUCCGUGGGUCCUCGGGCCACCCGUCACCAGAGGAGAUACUCGUCAUCGAACCCCUCAAGUCCCGAUAAUGACCCCGAAAACAUGUCGGCCAACCGCUCUCUGCCGGCGCAGUCUACCAAGUCCUCGUCUUCUUCAGAGAAGCGAAAGAGGCGCUCCAAGGAGUCGGCCGGUCGUUCUGCACUUGCGGCCCUCCCGUCGGUUCCAAGCACGCAAAAUUUGCCUAGAGAAUCCUUGGCUCUCUCGGCCUUCUUCUCUCUCCACCGACCCAUCUCGAUCACCCAUAGCCUUCCCAGAGCCGUAAGCGACGAUGCGUUCGCCUCCAUCUUCGCCCGUCGCGGGCGCUCUGAGAAGAUGAACGAUGUGAUAUCGGCCCUUUCACAGAGUGUCCAAGAACUGGAGCAACCAAUGGGGGGCCUCAACCUGGGGGGCCAGGAAGGCUACCCGGAAAGUGGCGAAGGCAUGCCAAAGAUCAGCCUGAAGAACCCAGAUGGGAGUGACUCGGGCGUCUACGUGCAACUUAAUGCCAUGUCAGGCGACUUUCUGCCCUUCUGCCCCCCACCGAUCCCGGAGCCAAAGUCCGAGGUUACGGGUGUGGCAGAGGGAACCCCGACGCAAGUCGCUUCUCGGGAGACGACUGAUCCCGCCGAUCAGCAUGGAUCGGAACCUCGUCGUCGCGUCUACAAAGCCAUGCUCACGAUCGAGGAAACCGUCGAGUCAACCGGAGAGGUCAAAUAUAUGGCACACAGCUCGGAGCUUCAUGAGGAGUCGACCGAGCCCCGACGCUCGUUUCUCGAGCGACUGGCUCGCCGACAGAUCAUGUUCCAAGAGAGCCAGAAACGCAACGGGACGAUUUUGGCCAUCAGUGUCAAGAGGCAGCGGAAGCUCAAGAUGAAGAAGAAGAAGUACAAGAAGCUGUUGAAGAGGACACGCAACGAGAGACGCAAACUUGACAGGCUCUAGACAUCUGGAACUCGUCUCUUUCUGCGCACUGGAUUGUACAUAAUACCAUAUUUCAUGUCUUUCUUCGUUUCGCCCCUGUUCCCCCUCCUCUGACCCAGAGUCCCUGUAACCUUGAUAGAUAUACCCUCGUUGAGGC